UUCAAAGAUAGAUACAUGUGCUCUUGGUUGGUUGCUUUUUGCCAUCUGUAACAUUGUUUUGUUACAAUUUUUUGGAUCAGGAAAAUGUUUGCAACUGUUGCGCUUUUGGCCAUCAUGUGCCUGACUAUCACCACCCAUGCAGACCACCACCAGCCUUGUCAUACACACAACAUGACUGGAUUAAUGAGUGUGAUGACCCUAAAGGGUGAAAUGAAAGCAGUUGGCUUAUUCACGUACGAUUCAGUGGGCAGAAAACUACGGUUCCAAUCCAACGAGAGCCAACCGUCAAACACAUCACUUGGUUUGGAUUUGCUUAUGUUUUUUGAGGAGGGGAUUUUCUACGAGAUUGACAGCACAAACCAGAGCUGUGAGAAGAAAAAGCUUCAAAUGUCCUUGCAUCCUUUUGACAUUCCCGACGACGCCAAGCUUGACUCUACAGUGACCACCGGGAGCUCCUCUAUUGAAGGCGAGGGGCUGAAAGUCAAUGUCUGGACCGGAUCACUGACACAUAUGAAAGGUUUCUACUCCAUGUCUGUAACCAUGGGAUGUUUGCCUGUGACCACUUUCUAUUUCACUGAUACCACAUCAUUCCUCUUCAGAAACAUGGAUGUUGAACUCAAAAUCAAGGAUCCUGAUCUCCUUGUGGUGCCCUCCUUGUGUCAUGGAAAGCCUCUGGAAGACACCCCUGAGGGGAGAGUACAUAGCUUCCUCCAUGAGUUCAUGUAGAUGAAACCUAUCAGUGAAAAAUGAAACUCACAUCUAAGCAUGACCUGUCAAAAUUUUUGACUUGUCUUUCUUUUUCAUGCUUAAUACCAGUUUUUCUUUUGACACUCCACUUUAUUCCGCCUAUUUUAUCACAUCUUUCUCUCCCCUGAGGGAAAAAAAAACUUUCACAUCCUACAUAUGGAUUUUGAUGCAGAGAUUUGAAAAAGUAGUAGAAGUGGUACUAACAAAUGUAAACUUUUCAAGUUUGUACGACUUACAAAACAUGUAAAGUAUGAUUAAUGGAACAAUAAAAUGACAAACCUGC